AUGCAUGGUUGGAGACAAUGGUUUGAUCCACAUCGUCUCAUUAUCGCUUACCCGUGUGAUCUAAUGUUCAAUUUGGUCCGAACUGUGAUUUUGUGGAUUUUGCUCACCGGUGGAUCGGUCCUUGUGAGCACGAACGAAAAUUUGCUGAACCGUUGGAUCCAUGUGGGACACGUGGCCAAUUCCAUCCGACCGCAUUUAUUGAUCUCAUGGAGCGAGUAUGUGGGGGCCGGAUUUCACAUUGAACUUCUUCGACCGGAGACAAUCUACGAGCGAUGCCACAUUCAGACAAAUCUACCGGAAAGUUGGACUAUGCAACGAAAAACGUUCAACCGCUUGUACCUCCUCGCCCCGUCUCCCACCACGACCAGUGUGAAUUUUACUUUGGAGGUGGUCUGUAAUACGAGUCAAGGAUUGGCCAAAUUACCCAUUCAGUUGGCCCUGAUGAAAUCGUUGCAAUGGUCAAAGCACGCGCCCAUUCCGACAUUCCAAAUAAAUCCGAUACCGGAUCAGCAAGCCAAUUCCAUCUCAUUCUAUCGCAUGCAUUGGCGGCAAAAAUUUGCGGAAGAGAUGAUUAUCCUCAUUUAUAAUAGGUGA